AUGCUGAUUACUGGUACUGACUUACCGGCUAGGGUGCGGCCACUUCGUGACCGUCGGGGCAAGCAGUCAGUACAUCUCAGACUGAGUAUCACUGAAGGUGUUGGAGGAUUGGAUGAGCAGCCGCGGGACGGCAGAGCGACGUUCGACAAACAGGAGAUGCUCGAGCUAAUCAAAAGCCCUAAGAGGAGCGAACCACGCGGGAAUGGAGUCGAUAUUUGGAAAAGAUCAACAAGCUCGCCCACGAAACUAGAAGGCGAUCAUGACAAAGGGAGACCGUCCACAAUAACAGUGUUGUGUUGUGAAGGUCUAGUUCCAAUGGGCUUCAGGUCUUCGGAAAAUCUCGAACACAGCGUGAUGUCUAUAACACUGCUGUGUUGUGAAGGUCUAGUUCCGAUAGACCUCCAGUCUUGGAACUCUCGAAACGCAGCAGUCGAUGUCUGUAAUGCUAGUUUGCCGAAUAGCGGUCCUAUAUGGAGACUGCUGUAUAAAGGCAAGAUAACACUGCUGUGUUGUGAAGGUCUAGUUCCGAUAGACCGUCAUAAAACGAUUCCGCUAAGACUGAACGGUACUCGCUCCCAAAGUCGCGAAAAGUCGUCGGCACGAAAUAGUUUACCCUGGACUGUACACGAGCAAGACAAAUUGGUUUCCCUGGUCGAAAGACACAGGAUGGCCACGGGGCGCGUGCAAUGGGUCGAACUCGAGAAAUCGUGGGAAGCCCUUAGAAAGCACGACGACCCCGUCAGAACGAGAGGUGCUUUGAAAGCACCGCGCUAUAAAUCAGACUCGUCAAAGCAAAGCAGACGGGCAUUAAACGGAAUCCCCAGAGACUGA